CUUACUCCCUCCUCUCUCUUUCUUGCGUCUAACUGGCAUCCUUUUUUCUUUUUCUUUUUCUUUUUCUUUCCUUUCUCCCUCUCCUUUGCUUCUUUUGAUGACAUAGGAGGGAAAGAUUUCUUUUUACUGCAUUCUAUUAUUUCCUUAAGACUGUUGUUCCCUUUCUAGAUGGCCCACCAGUGAACCUCCCCUUCGUUCCCCGUUCCCCGUUCCCCGUUCCCCUCGUUUCGCUCCCCUCUUUUCCCCCCGAGGGGCCACGCGGCACGAUGCAGUCCAUGCAAAGGCAAUUUGGCCGCUUCAUGAAGCGGUCCGCCGACGAAAGCCAGGUCGCGAUUCUGCUCAAAGACUUCGAGGAAGCUGACAAGCUUCUGGGCCGAAUCAUCGAAUUCACCAGCGCAUGGCGCGAUGCCUGGUCCUCGCUUCUCAUCCACCAAAAUCGCAUGCUCGCUGAAUUGAGCGCCCUCUAUGCCCCGAUCCUCGGUUCCUCCGACUCCUCCACCGGUCCAAAAGCGGCCCCGACGCCACGGGAAACCCUGGCUCGGACAAAUAAGCUUCGGGAACAAUACGAGGAGCUCCGGAGAGAGCUGCUGGCCGACAUCACCGCCGUGGACGAGCGGAUGAUCAAGCCAGCAACCCAAGCCAGGGAAUACCUGAUUCCGAUGAAGAAGACGAUCAAGAAGCGGGAUGAUCGUAAGCUCGACUAUGAACGCUACCAGAGUCGCGUGGAUAAUUACACCAAAAAAACGAAACGGUCGGAUCGCGACAAUGCAGCCCUCGUCAAGGCUGAGGGUGACCUUGCUAAAGCAACAGAGGAGCAGGACUAUAACGCUGCGGAUGAGCACCUCCGGCACAGUCUCCCGCCGCUGAUCGCCGCUGCCUUCUCCCUGCUCCCCCGUUUGCUGGCCACUCAGAUUGAGCUCCAAAACAAUAUGUUGGCGCAUUACUACACCGUGGUGCUGGAGUACAGCCAGGAUGAACAAUUCCCGGUCCCCGCGCCGCCAAUGGAGCAUAUCGUCGAGGACUGGGAGCGCGCCCACCUGCCCGUCCAGCAGGAAGUCGAAAGUUUCGCUAGCAUCGCCAACGGCAAGACCGUUCGCCUGUCCCCGGUGGACGAACAUCAACGCAACAGUCAUAAUUAUCUCAGUCGCCCUGCGAACCUCAUAUCUAGUUACUGCCGCUCACCUGGCGCCCACGAAGAAACGCCGCCCCCAAAACCCCCACGGCCCGUUUCCCCAAAUCCCGCCGCGGUGCAGCGCAAACUCCCGCCUCCAGCGCCUCCGGCUGCUCAGACAAAGCUUCCUCCCAUGCCACCACCGCCCGCCUACGAUACCAAGCCCCGACCGAAUCUCGAAACAAAGCCGAAACCCAUACCUCGACCGAAACCGCAGCUGUCGAGCAUGCCGGCCGCCUCAACGUCUUCCCUCAAUCUACCCUCGAGCUCGAGUCACCAUCUCUCCCCGCAAGCAUCGGUGGCCCAGCCCUCUGCCUCGUCUCCCGCAGCUGAAUCGUACGUCUCUGCGGCCGAGUACAUCCGUUCCCCUUCGCCGGGCGUGUCUACAGUCGCUUCACGAGCAGACUACUUCAGUCGAAAUAGCAACAACAAUCAGCAUACGUCACCCUCUCCAGCAUCGGCUGCGGCAGCGGGGUCUCCCGGGCUAUCUUCCGUUGCGGCCCGUGCGGACUACUUCAGUCGGUCCGGCAGUAACAUCCAACUUCCGUCCUCAACCCCAGUUGCAUCGACAUCUUCCCUGUCGCCUGCGGCGGCGGCAGGUAUCUCUCCUGGCUUAUCCUCCGUUGCAUCCAGAGCGAAUCAGUUCAACCGCCCGAACAGCAGCAACCGCCAGCCAUCUCCCUCGCCAUCCCGUGCGGCAGUGUCUUCCGUAGCGGGUAAAAAGAAGCCACCUCCACCUCCGCCGCCACGCCUGAAUUCUCAGAAUGCGCUCUUCGUGACGGCGCUGUAUGAUUUUGGGGGCCAGGGGGCGGGGGAUUUGUCGUUCCGGGAGGGCGAUCGGAUCCGUGUUCUGAAGAAGACGGAGAGCACGGACGACUGCAUAUACGGCAUAUACAGCAUCUCCCUCAACCCGCAACCUCCACCUCACCUCGAGAACAACAAAUCCGAUGGUCCCUCAGAACAGGGUCCCCAACCCUGGACAGACCCUUCCCCCUCCCCCACCACCACCUUGAGAGCAGCAACACAGCAACACAGCAGCACCACGCACCCCAACCUCACAAUCAGCCAACCAACCCACCUACCUAUUUCCUCAGCAUACAAAAUGACCUACCCCUCCACCCCGACCCCCUCGGGGUUCCCCCCCUCCUCCUCCGGCCUAUCCUCCACCACCUCCCCAUUCACAACCCCACUCACCCAAAACACCGCCCCGGUCAUCAAACACCGCUGCCUCUUCACGCACGACACGCGCCGCAAGGCCAAACGCUGGCAGGACGGGUACCUGCGCUACCACACCUUCAACAAACGCAUCAUGGCCUACGACACGAGCGGCAACUUCAUCGGCGAUCUGCACUGGCGCCAGGACGCGGCCGUGCAGGACGGCGACGAGCUCGAGCUGGAUCGUGGCGUCUUGGUGCAGGUCUGUGAGGCGGUUGGGCGCUCGGAGACGGAUCUGGGGGCUUUGCUGUCGCAUUCACAUCCGACUUCGCAUUCGAAUGGGGUGGGGGGUGGAGGGAAUGGGAAGAGAGGGUUUGGUGCUGCGAGUACGCAGGGUUCGUUGGCGGGGUCACAGCAGCAACAGCAGUCUAUGCGGUCUUUGAAUGAUUUGCUGGGGAUAAAGAAGACAACGCCGGCUUUGGGGGGAAAGGGCUCGGGGACUUCGGGGACAGCUGCGACGCGAGUUAUGCAAGGUCCGGAUCGCGGGGGCGGAGAGCUGUCGGCUGCGCGUGCUGCGAAACGGCAGAGGGUUGAUGGUAGUUUGGGUUCGGGUUCGGGUGCUGUGGAAGGAGGAUUGUUCGCGCAGCAGCAGGUCCCCUCUCGUCGUGUACUGGCUCAGCCGGUUCAGCCUCGACCGCGGCCGGCGGUCGUUGACUUGACGGGUUCGUCGACUGCGCUGGUGACGAAUCCAGGUGCUACUGCUACCGCGACCGCUACAUCCACAAGGCUGCAGAGCCACGAUCUUGGACGACAAAGAGCCGACCAGAGAACAAGUGUACAAGCUGCUACUACGAGGAGCAUGUCUCGCGAAGAGGGGAGUACCAUUCCUCCUCAACGACAAGCUUUGCGCAAUCAGAACAGCAAUCCUCCACAGCUACCGUCGUCACGCAAAGAGAGCAGCUACCCUCUACCACAACCACAAGCAGUCCGCGAUGAGAACAGCAAUCCUCCACAACUACCGUCGUCACGCGAAGAGAGCAACUCAGCGCCAGAAGAGCCACCCGUCCUUCUCCGACUCUCGACCAGCAAACCCCGCAAGAAACUCAUGUACUCGGCCCUACUCCCCGGUGGCGGUGGAAAAGUCGCCAAACCAGCUUCAUCCGCACCAGCACCAGCACUAGCACCAGCCAAAAACAACAACAACCCUCCACCCCCCGCACAACCACCCACAACCACCACCGCCACUCCACCAAAACCCCAUGACUUCACCCCCUCGACCUCAACCCAGACCAUCCUCAACGACCUAAUCACCGCACCACCACGCGUCCCACCCAACCCAACAAACCACACUCCCACAACCACAAAACCAAACAUAAACCCCCUCAACCCCAUUAACCGCAACCCAAGAUCGAACAUCCCAACGCACACCAGCCUCCGCAAAUCCUACUCCGACCCCACCGCCCUAACCACCACCACCGUCCACAGACCCAACCAUACAACCCUCCCGGACCCCGCCGGCGACGAUCCCUUCGACCAAGGGCCCUGGACCCGCGAGGCCCUGGAUCUCUUUGAUUUCUGGCCGGCGGGGCGGGCGAAGCCUGCUUAGUUGACCCCCAUCCAAUUUAUUAAGUUGUUGGGGGGUUGAUGGGAGAGGAUGAGAUGGGGGCUGGGUGGGUAACAGAAGCGGAGCUGUACGGCUAUAUAUGCAGCAUGCCCUGCUCUGUCCUGUCCUCUGCAGGAUGGGAGUGGAUGGAUAUAGUUGGUGGAUGAAGACAUUCUCUUCUUCUGCAGGAGGGCGUUGUUUACUCUUAUACUAUUUUUGUUUUUGUUUUUGUUUUUGUUUUUUUUCGAUGGUUUGAUGACCUAUGAUACCCUUUUGCAUUGAUUACGAUGAUAGAUUAUAUCUGUGUAUACAUCCAACCAGCCAUACCACAAUACCUUGAAACACG